AUGGCCGGCAGUAGUAGUGAUACUCGUAGUCAGAGCAAAAAAAUAAUUUUUUCGGUGUACAAUUUUAUAAAAGACCUAUCGUUACAAGAUGAAAUUGAUCCAUCUAUGUUUAAUCAAAGCCUAAAGUUAACAGCUGGAGCUUGUGAAUUAUCAGAACGAACUGUGAGGCGCAUAUGCAAAGAGGGUAAGGAUAGUCGGAGUCCAGAACAACAACUUAGUUUUUUCAGGUCUCCGCGUAAAACGUAUAAACGUGCAAAACCGUUGACUGAAUUAGACGAUUUUGAUGCGGAUAUGGUACGUAGAACAGUGUACGAGUUCUACAGUAGAGGUGAGUACCCAACAGCUUUGACCGUUUUAACGGAGGUAAAGAAGAAGUGCAAUUGGGAAGGCUCUGUUCAGUCGUUGCGUACGCUUCUGAAAAAUUUGAAAUUUUCUUUCAAAAAGUGCAGUGAUGGAAGGAAAGUUCUCAUGGAAAGGAACGACAUUGUUGCACUACGUUGUGCAUUUUUAAGAAAAAUGUGUACACUUCGGGAACAAAACGACACCCGUCCUGUCGUUUAUUUGGACGAGACGUGGAUAAACCAAAACCAUGGCGAACAGACCACAGGUUUAAAAUUACUCACUGGAAAAGGAAGUGGCCUUAUUAUUUGCCACGCAGGGUCUACAAAAUAUGGGUUUGUUAGCGAUUCUAAAUUAAUAAAUCGAGCUAACGUACCCAAGGUAUUUAAAAAUUGGUUUAUUGAUAUGUUGAACCACCUCAAAGAGCCGUCGGUUAUUGUGAUGGACAAUGCAUCUUACCACUCAAUGCUCAAAGAUAAUUUUCCCAAAAGUAAUAGCCAAAGAAUCGUUGUAGAGGAGUGGCUGAAAAAUAAAAAUAUUGAAUUUUCGCCACAAGAACGGAUGUCUGAAUUACGUCAGCGUGUAAAACAACUUAUUCCAAUAUAUAAACGCUACGAAUUGGACGAAAUUGCACUGGAAAAGGGUCAUGAAGUGAUAAGGUUACCUCCAUACCAUCGUCAAUAUAACCCAAUUAAGUUAAUUUGGGCACAGGUUAAAGGGAAGGUAGCUAAAAAAAACAAUACUUUUAAGAUGGCAGACGUAGAAAAGUUGGGGCACGUGGUUAUGGAUGCAGUAAAACAAGAGGAUUGGGAGAAGUGUGUUGCACAUGCAGAAAAAAUUCAAGACAAAGAUUAUAACCAGGAAAUUUUGAGGGAUGUCAUGUUGGAGCCGAUCAUUAUCACAUUACAAGACGACGAUAGCGAUUGGGGUGAUGAAGAGGAUGAUGAAGACGAUGAUGAAGACAUAUUUGAUGCAGAUAUUUAG